AUGUCAGGUACUUUUGCCACCGUUGAGAAAGUACAAGCACCGGACAGUCAUCAAUGGAUAGCCGUGAAGAAAUACAAUGCCAAACAUGGUCAGCUUGUGACGCGUCAUUGUGAACGGGAGGUCCAUAUACUCUCAUUGCUAGGGAUUCGGUCACAAGAAGAAUCAUGCCGUCAUCAUAUCAUUUAUUUGAUAAAUAUAGAACAAAAAGGCUCGGUGACAUGCUUAACGUUCCCCUAUUACAGUCAUACGUUGCAGCACUACGUCAACCAGCACAUGGAUCAUGCGUUUACACUCAGGGCUAUCCAACAAAUUGCGCAGGGUCUCAAUUUUCUACAUCACCGUGAUAUCAUUCACUGCGACGUGAGCCCAAGCAAUAUUCUGAUUCAUGAAGAUGGGCAUAUGGUUCUAAGUGACUUUGGGUGUGCUCAUCGUUUGAACGAGCCCGUACAAAGUAGCGUAUUUGAAGAAGUAGGAACCAGAUACUAUAAAGCACCGGAGCACUUGUUCGGUUAUCGCGUUUAUACCCCUGCUACUGAUAUAUGGUCGCUCGGUGCCAUCUACGGGCAACUGUUACUUGGAAAACCAAUUUUCGAUGGAGAGACGGAUUUGGAGCAAAUAGGCAAGAUCAUCAAAGUUCUAGGGCGUCCAAGCGACGCCAUACUUGAGCGUGAAAUCUUUGAUUAUCCCGACGCAAGGAAAUUCAUUUUUUUUCUUCCCAAAUCAUCCAAACACGACGACAAAGACAAGCAACUGCAGCGGGUGCUAGACAAUCACCAUAUUGAUCCGAAGGACCAGAAGCUAAUUCUCGGCAUGCUGACUUGGUCAAAGCAGGAUCGAAUAAGCGGAGAAGAGGUAAGUUGUGAGAGCAGGACACCAUCGACGCGUAUCACUGGAAUCUAA